AAAGCAGCCGCGCCAUUUUGCAGUCACGCCACGCCCCGCGGAGACGGACGACUAGGACUCCACCCGCUUUCGGCUUUCCUUCGCAUUUCCCGUUCCCCCCACCUGCUCGCGGCAUCCGCUUCUCGUCGUUGUCGUCGCUCCUCCUCGCCGACCGGGACGCGGAGACGAUCGACGCAAGCAGACCCUAGCCGACGAGCUCGCAGGGAGCCGGGAGGGAUGAAGAGCCUGUUCAAGAGUAAGAUCAGGUGGCAGCACCGGUCCAACGACCCGGCGUCCCCGUCGGGGCAGCCGCAGCCACAGCCGCAGCAGGCGUUGGGCCCGCCGUCGCCGUCGCCUUCGAGCUCCCCGUCGUCUGCGGCGCCGCUCUCCGUGUCAACGGCGGCCACCUCCUCCCCCUCCUCGCCCCCCUCCGCGGCGGCGACGCCCACGGGUGCUGGGGCAGCAGCGGCAGCGGGAGCGGGAGCGGCAGGGGAGGACUACAUAGCGUCGGAGGAGGAGUUCCAGAUGCAGCUGGCCAUGGCGCUGUCCGCGUCUUCCAACAGCGAUUGCGUGGGGGACCUGGACGGGGAGCAGAUCAGGAAGGCCAAGCUCAUAAGCCUCGAUCGCUUCGCUGCCCACCGCGACGAGGGCCACACCGCGGAGUCGCUCUCCCGCCGAUACUGGGACUAUAACUUUCUUGAUUAUCAUGAGAAAGUUAUUGAUGGCUUCUAUGACAUCUUUGGCUCUAUGGAAUCCUCUAGGCAGGGAAAUAUGCCAUCAUUAGCAGAUCUCCAAACAGGCAUAGGGGACCUAGGCUUUGAAGUCAUUGUAGUAAACCGUGCCAUUGAUAGUACCUUGCAGGAGAUGGAGCAAGUGGCACAGUGCAUCCUGUUGGACUUCCCUGUUGCCAAUAUUGCACUCUUAGUGCAAAGAAUAGCUGAGCUUGUUACAGAUAAUAUGGGUGGACCUGUCAAAGAUGCUAACGACAUGCUCACAAGGUGGCUGGAGAAGAGUACUGAGUUGAGAACCUCGCUACAAACAAGUUUGUUGCCUAUUGGUUGCAUCAAGAUAGGGCUAUCACGUCACCGUGCCUUACUUUUCAAGAUCCUUGCAGAUAGUGUUGGGAUUCUAUGCAAACUUGUCAAAGGGAGCAAUUAUACUGGUGGUGAUGAUGACGAUGCUAUAAACAUAAUUAAGAUGGACAAUGAAAGGGAGUUUUUGGUUGAUCUGAUGGCUGCUCCUGGUGCUCUUAUUCCAGCAGAUAUCUUAAGUUGGAAAGGCAAUUCGUUAAAUUCUAAUAGAAAACUUGGCCUGAGUCAGACAGCUGGAUCAUCGAGUACCGUUGGUGCUAAUAUGGGUCCUAGUGUAUUGCCACUUGAACCUAAAGGUGAUCAGCUGCCUUUGUUCAGCAGUGGUGAUUGGAUAUCAGAGAGUGGUUCUGGAUAUGGGGCAGCAGAAACUGCAGCUUCUACUCAAACCUCUUCUGGUGCCACAUCAUCUGUUCCUGCUGGAAGUGCUUUUGACAGUUCAUGGAUGCUGAUUAAUCAUGACCAAUCAGAUGGACCAUCAACUUCUGCUGGUACAUCAUCCCAGCAGAAAGUUGUACCUCAAAACGAACAUCCACGGAAUUUAAACCGUCUUCCAGAUUUGCAGGAAAUUCCAGAGUCAAAAAACCUUUUUGCUGACCUUAAUCCUUUUGGGGAUACGAAGUCCAAGAAAACUUCAGUACCAUUCAAAGGACCAGAUCAAAGGAACAAUGAGUUGCAAAAGCGCAGAGAGAACAUUGUCCCUAAUGGUGGAAGACCACAGCAGCGGUUAGUUAUGAAGAAUUGGUCUCCUUAUAAUGAUGUUUCUAACAACAAACAGUACAAUUAUGUCGAGGAUUCAUUUGCACGUAGAAAUGUUGGCAACAAUGCCGCAUCAUCAUCAUCCCAGAUAACACAACAAGCCGCAAGGUCUAAUCUUAAUUCUGGAUUGCGUAAUGAUGCAUCAUAUCAUAAUUAUGAUAGUAUUAUGGCUGGUACCUCUGCCACGAAUAUUACAUCUACAGCUGAGACUGGGAAGGUUCCUGAAAGGGUUCUGCGUGGUGAUUUGGAUAAAGGUCAAACAAAUUAUAGACUUCAGGAUCAACAUGUUGUAGGUCAACCACCACAGGAAAGACUUCCAUGGGGUAAUCCUGCUGAAGGAAGAGUUCCAAUGAAUAGAUUUCAGAAUCAAGCAAAACAACACAUGGGAAACAUUGAUACAAAGCAAGACCAUAAGAAAUUGCUCCCUGAUCCAAAAAAAUCUCCCCUUGACAGAUUCAUGGACACGUCAUUGCCAUCAAGAAACUUGGACGUGAGGUCACAGAGGCUUGACUUUGAUGAUGUGUCUGAAUGUGAAAUUCCUUGGGAAGAUCUUGUGAUUGGUGAAAGGAUUGGCUUAGGUUCAUAUGGAGAGGUUUACCGUGCUGACUGGAAUGGAACAGAAGUAGCUGUAAAAAAAUUCUUGGAUCAAGAUUUCUAUGGUGAUGCUCUGGAUGAGUUUAGGAGUGAAGUCCGAAUUAUGCGUCGGCUGCGCCAUCCAAAUAUUGUUCUCUUUAUGGGUGCUGUUACACGCCCUCCGAACUUAUCUAUUGUAUCUGAAUACCUUCCAAGGGGAAGCUUAUAUAAGAUCCUUCACCGCCCUAAUUGCCUAAUUGAUGAAAAGCGGAGGAUCAAGAUGGCCCUUGAUGUGGCCAAAGGCAUGAAUUGCCUGCACACUAGUGUACCUACAAUUGUUCAUCGGGAUCUGAAAUCGCCAAACUUGCUGGUUGACAAUAAUUGGAAUGUAAAGGUUUGCGACUUUGGACUUUCACGGUUAAAGCACAGUACGUUUUUGUCAUCCAAAUCCACUGCUGGAACACCUGAGUGGAUGGCACCUGAGGUUCUACGGAAUGAACAAUCGAAUGAAAAGUGCGACGUUUACAGCUUUGGUGUCAUAUUAUGGGAGCUGGCAACGCUUAGAAUGCCAUGGAGUGGGAUGAAUCCAAUGCAGGUUGUGGGGGCAGUUGGUUUCCAGGAUAGACGGCUUGAUAUUCCCAAGGAAGUUGAUCCUCUGGUAGCAAGGAUCAUAUUCGAAUGCUGGCAGAAGGACCCAAAUCUGCGCCCUUCAUUUGCACAGUUAACAAGUGCCCUAAAGACUGUUCAAAGACUAGUGACCCCUUCUCACCAGGAGACCCAGAGCCCCCAUGUUCAUCAAGAAAUCUCAGUGAACUUGACUCCAUAGGAGGGCUGUCAACUUCCCGUUGUGCAUAGUUUUUGUUCUUUUGCCGUUUGUGUUUUGUCCAAGAGCCCGCAAAUGCGGGCGCGGCUUGUAGAUUGAGCGCCCCAGGCGGUGGUAGACACUCUGCCGUCUGCGACAAGGACCCCGUGGUAGGGUAUGUAUAGAGUUGCCCAUCAUCGGGAGAAGUGAUUCAGUGUGUAGCAACUGAUCGUCAAUCCCUCUUUUAGUCCUUUGUACACCCAACCGGUCGACCGGGUGCGAGCCCUCUGAAAGCAGUGAGCUCUGUGUUCAUUGUGAAGUGCGUGGCUAUGCUAAGUGGAUUUUCUGUCUUGCUGCGCAAUAGGCAGCAGCGUAUCUGGAAGUUUGAAGCGUUGUAAAACUCUGUACAAUCAGGACACUUGAAUACAGGAUACAUACAUUGUGUUCUUUGUUUU